CUUAACGCGGUAGAAUCCAGUGUGCAAUCUUGCUUUGGCCACCCUAGCUCUCUUACAUAUAUUAAAAAAGAAAAAGAAAAGCAGCAAAACAAUGAGCAAGUUAAGAUAAAGAUAGAAUUGAACAAGUUGGUAUCUCACUAGCUCCUGUGCUGUAGGCCAACACACCACAGGACACUGCACUCUUUUCAAAACCCUAACCAUGGCUUCAGCUCCAUCAUCGCCAGAAACUCCUCCCAACACAAACUUCACUGCCACCUCUACUCCUCCACUCAAGACUUCUCCCGCAACUCUUCCCAAUCCCAAUAACAAACGCUUGCUGAUCGGAUUAUCUAUAGGGUUUGCCCUUUUAUCUUUUGUUUUGAUCCUUGUGAUUGCCUUUCUCGUCUACUUCCUUCAUCGGGUAAGGAAAAAUAAACGACAUAAGAGCUUCGGGAGAAUACCACUUCAAGAUGACAUGCCUGGUGGCACACUUCAGCUUCAGCCACAGCAACAAUCACCCGCUGUUCUCACCAGAAUCGUUAUUAGUUGCAGAGAAUUUUCACGUGAGGAAUUACAUGUGGCAACAGAUGGAUUCUCCAACAUUCUUGGUGAAGGUGGUUUUGGCCGUGUCUACAAAGGACGUCUCCCAAAUGGGAAAUUUGUUGCAGUUAAGAAAUUGGAGUCUGGGAGUCAACAGGGUGAUCGUGAGUUCCAGGCAGAAGUCGAGGCCAUCAGCCGUGUGAAUCACAGAUAUCUCGUAACCCUAGUUGGGUACUGCACCUCAGACGAUGAGAGGAUGCUUGUCUACGAGUUUGUGCCAAAUAAUACACUAAAAUUUCAUUUGCAUGAAAAGGACAAACCAUCGAUGGACUGGUCAACAAGGAUGAAGAUUGCUCUAGGAUCUGCAAAAGGAUUUGAAUAUCUGCAUGUGUACUGUGAUCCCAUAAUCAUACACCGUGACAUCAAGGCAUCCAACAUCCUUCUUGAUAAAGAUUUUGAGCCCAAGGUUGCAGACUUUGGACUUGCAAAAUUUUUAUCAGACACAGAAAGCCAUGUUUCUACUCGAGUGAUGGGAACUGAUGGAUACGUGGAUCCAGAAUAUCGUGAUAGUGGGAGACUCACUGCAAAAUCAGAUGUUUACUCCUUUGGUGUUGUGCUUUUGGAGUUGAUUACUGGACGAAAACCUAUUGAUGAAAAGAAACCCUUCAAAGAGCGCGACUUGGUUAAAUGGGCAAGUCCCUUCCUGCUCCAAGCUUUGAGAAAUAUCACCGUUGUACCUCUUGAUUCAAGGUUGCAGGAAACUUACAAUCCUGAGGAGUUCCUCUGCCAAGCUUUGAAAAAUGGCAGGUUUGAUGGACUUAUUGAUUCAAGGUUGCAGGAAACUAAUUACAAUCCUGAGGAGAUGAUCCGAAUGAUCACUUGUGCUGCAGCUUGUGUGCUUAACUCAGCCGAGCUCCGGCCUCAAAUGAGCCUGGUUGUUCUAGCUCUGGGAGGAUUUAUUCCUCUAAAAUUUCUAAAGCCGGAGAUCACACCUGGAACCAGCAAUGUUUCUGAAUACUUAAGUGAUAGUAUCCAAUCCUAUGAAGACCUAAAGAAGAUAUUCAUGAAUAUGGCACAGAAAGGCAGAGAGAAUGUCAUUGAUGAGAAUGAGUACAGUGAUCCCAGAAGCAAGUACGGUCAAGAUCAAUGUGCGUCGUCUAUGGCUGGACCCAGCAAUGUUUCUGAUUCCUUUAAUAAUGGUGUCCAAUCCAUGAAUAUGGAACAGAAAGACAAAGAGAAGGUUAUUAAUGAGAACAUUGAUCCCAGCAGCAAGUAUGAUUCUGUGUCUACUCACGGCCAGCAAAAUACAAAAGAAAUGGGGAAGGUGAACGGUUCGUAGAUACCAUGUGUCGCUCCAGACACCAGCAGAUAGAUUCCAAGUGCACACACACAUAUAUACACAUAUAGUAGUUAAGAGUAGUCUUUUUUUUCCAGUGAUUUUCACGAUCGAAUUUGUUUCAGAAAAAAAAAAGAAAAUCUGAGCCGGUGACACCAAAUCAAUUGGGAGUCAAAUAUGUUUUUAGACCCAAAUCCUUUUGAGGGUCGCUAGCUAGCACAUUCUCUCUCCGACGUUUUUUUAAUAACAAUUUCUAUGAUAGACUUUUGGUGGGUUCCAUAUUUAAAAUAGGAGAGAGAAUCAUUAAAUCAGAAGUGAAGUGGAACUACCAACUUGUAAUCUUGAUUCACAGUGAAGUUGUUUUUCUCGUGGAUGUAGGUUAGAUAGACCGAACCACGUAAAUUUUGUGCACUGUUUUCUUUCCUUUUCUUGUUAAUUUGUAUCAUUUCCUCA